AUGGCCACCGUCACCGCAGGUGCCACUGACUCCGCUUCUGCUACCGCCGCUGCGUCGUCCACCGCCUCUGCUGCGGCCGCCUCCUCGACUGCGUCUUCCUCCGACAUUGGAGACUUCGGGUCUUGCACUGUCCCCCAGAUCCAGUUCGCCACCGGCUUCGACAACCGCAAGGAGACUUCCUUCGAACCUGUCGAUCAAGUCUCGUACAACCACGGCUCUGCACAGGGUAUCGACAUCAUCACCAAGUUCAUGUGUGACACCCUCACCAACUCAUGCGGUGCGGAUGCGACUGCCAAGGCUACUUGCGCUACUGCUUCGGCCGCUGCUGACCAGGUUACCGCGAAGACUGGUGGACAGGCUGAUGCUUUCAACGCUGCGUUCGGCAUUACUACUGACUUCGCCGCGGUCGCCUCCGUCGACGAUCAAGGCAACAUCAUCGCCGGCACCGGUUCUUCGUCUGCUGCUGCAAGCAGCGCCGCCACCGCCACUACUGCCUCCGCCUCCGCCGCCGUCGCAACUACCGCGAAUGCUGCCGUCGCCAGCUCUAGCUCAACUGCAUCUUCUUCAAGCAUCGGAGACUUCGGUUCUUGCACGGUUCCUCAGAUCCAGUUUGCCACCGGCUUUGAUAACCGCAAGGAGACUUCUUUCGAGCCCGUUGACCAGACCUCGUACAACCAUGGCUCCGCCCAGAACAUCGACAUCAUCACUCAGUUCAUGUGUGACACUCUGACCAACUCGUGUGGUGCUGACGCUACUGCAAAGGCGACCUGUGCGACUGCUAAGGCUGCAGCUGACACUGUUACUGCGAAGACUGGUGGCCAGGCCGAUGCCUUCAAUGCCGCCUUCGGUAUCACGACCAACUUUGCCGCUGUUGCUGUUGUAAGCGACACCGGUGUGACUGUCUCCCCCGGAACUGCUGCCUCCACCGCCGCUGCGAGCGCCGCCACAUCAGCUGCUGCUGCUUCAACCACUGCCGCUUCCGCCGCCACAUCGGCUGCUGCCACCGCUACCUCAGUGCGUAUUUUCAUCAAAGUAAAAAGCAUUUUCUAA